AUGGCCAAGAAAUCACGCUCAGGGUCUCAGAAAUCUACCCCAAGAGGUACUCCUCAAAAGGCCACUCCAAAGGGAACACCAAGAAGUAACUCGAAAGCGUCUCCGAAAACGACGGCGAACGCCACUUCAAAAGCCACUGCAAAGGCUACCUCCAACGGAACUCCCGUUGGAACUCCAACCAAGAAGAGUAAACCAGUCAAAGCGGUCAAACCUAUCUUGGCAAAGUCGAAGGAUUUGGGACCUGUACCUCGAGCAAGAAUUCUGCAUUCGGUAGAGCAAUUGAACAAGUACACCACUACAAAGCAGGAAAAUGCCAAAGAAUCCUUGUUAGGUGAUGACGUUGAGGAAAAAGAUGUUCAACUUAUAGUAGUCAACAACAGAUCAUUCACUGAGUCCAGGAAAAAUUUCAAAAUCAAGCUACUCAAAAUCAAGCAUUCGAUCUUCAAGCCUUGGAAAGAAGCAAGUGUAACUUCUACCAAAGAUUUUAAGGUUCUAUUGAUUCUGAAGGACUCGGACAUCGGCAAAAUCUCGGUUGAUGACUUUGUUAAUGAGGAACUCAACUUUCCCGAUGUUGAAAUCAUUUGCGGCCAUGAUCUAAAGACCAAGUAUAAAGCUUUUGAAAAGAGAAGAGCACUUGUAUCCGAAUUUAGCCUAAUCUUGGCCGACGAUAGCAUAAUUACCACUUUGCCAAAACUUUUGGGAUCAAAGGCUUAUGAGAAAGUCGAAACAACACCAGUAGGGGUCAGGACCCACUCUGAUAAAGAAUUUUCUAAAAAAACAACACUCAAUCAGUUCCAAAAAAUAUAUUAUGAGCAGUUACCGAUAAGAUUACCAAGAGGUACAACGAUGAAUGUUCAUUUGGGAAGUCUCGAAUGGUUCAAUUCUCAGGAAUUAGCAGAUAAUGUGGAAAUGAUUGUUAAAGAUUUAGUCGCCAAAUAUAAAAUUCGUUCCAUCUUUAUCAAGACGACCAAGUCACCAGUUUUACCACUGUACUAUAACCAAGAUGUUCUCAACGAACUCGUAGAAGUAACGAAGGUAAAUGAAACUGAAGAACCGCAAGGGAUUGUUGAAAUCGACAAAAUCAAAGUUCAAUUAUCCACCUUCGAUCAAUCUUUGAUGGAAAUUAUCGAUCCAGAAGAAUGGCCAACAGCUUUUGCAAAACAAAUUGCGUCAGCAAAGAGAAAAGGUACUGAUGAUCAAGAACCAUCAGCAUCGAAAAAAGCAAAGAAUUAA